AUGGUGCCAGCCACACAUCACGUGGUGACUUACAGCACGUCACUGGCACUGAUAGUAAUGUUUAACAACGAUGGUGCCAGGUUUGUUUUAAGGUUAACACAUGCGAAGAAUAUUCACAUGACCAUGGGGGUGAGGUUCAACAACCAUGACAUGAAACGCCAAGUUGUCUUUAACUCGUAUAUGAAUGACCGAUGGAAUCGCACCGUUGAGACUGACACAUUUCCCUUUGAAUUAAGGAAGCCGUACAGACUUGAGAUACAGCUGGAUGGAGAUGUGUUUAAGGUUAGCGCCAAUAACGUUGAUACCUACGACUUCCCAGUGAAGUCACCUGAAAAGAUAACAGAAGUCAAAAUCCUCUUUGACACCACCAUUACAAAACUAGCAUUCGAAUACUAA